UCGUCGACGGUACGCAAACGAUUCCCAUCGGCCGCACAUUUAAUAAAAUAAAAUAUAACAAUAUAUAUCGCGCGCACCGGUAGUCGGUAUACUACGCGUACAACGCUCUCGGUCGCCUAACCAGCAGACGUGCGUAACGCAUAAUGUUUUGACCAGUCGCCAGUCGGACACCCUGUUCUCGAUAUUCGUUAAAUCGCUAUGCGUUUCGUUAUACUCUGUUAUUAUUGUCAUUAAUAUCAACAUGACACGCGAACCUAACGUAACCGGCGCAGUGCCCAGCCACCGGGAUAACGACCAUCCCACGCGGUAAUAAUAUCAUCGUUAUAAUACUUAAUAAUAAUAACACAAUAUCAUAGGUACAUCAGACCGAUACCGACGACGACUACGCGCGGUCACGUAUACUACCGCGGGUUUUAUACCGGGCUCGCCGCGCCAGUGUAUAAUAUAAUAAUAUGGUCAUGCGUCGCGAACUCCGAAUUCGGCGGCGGUCCGCCACCUUGAAGUUCGUCGUCGCGUUUUUCGCCGCCCUCUGCUGCUGCUGCAGCUGUUCGGCGCGAACCAACGUCAAAGACGACGGGGCACUGUACCUGUCGCCCAUGAUACGCGAAGGCCGGAUCGACGAGGCGCGGGCCGCGUGCAAAGUGCGCUUGGACAACAGCACGGCGGCGGCGGUGGACAGUUGCGCCGGUUACCUGACCGUGGACGAGGCGCUCCUAUCAAACUUGUUCUUCUGGUUCUUCCCCGCCACGAACGGGUCCAGCGGCGCGCCCGUCGUGCUGUGGUUGCAGGGAGGCCCGGGCGCGUCCAGCCUGUUUUCGGUGUUCAACGAGCACGGGCCGUUCACGGUGGACGCGGCCGGCGUUCUACAGACGCGCCGGCACGCGUGGACGUCCACGCACUCGGUGCUGUACGUGGAUAAUCCGGUGGGCGCGGGGUACAGCUUCACCGGCGACGAUUCAGGUUACAGCUCCAACCAGACGGACGUCGCCCGGAACCUUUACGCCGCCUUGGUGCAGUUCUUCACGCUGUACCCGGAGUACCGGCAAAACGAGUUCUACGCGGCCGGCGAGUCGUACGCCGGCAAGUAUGUGCCGGCCGUGUCGUACGCCAUCCACCAGAACAACCCAGGAGCCCAGAUCAAGAUCAAUCUCAAGGGGCUGGCCAUCGGCAACGGGCUCAUCGACCCCAUAAACCAGAUGGUAUACAGCGAAUUCUUGUACCAGAACGGGCUCAUCGACGAGGACGGCAAACGUUUGUUCAAAGUGCAGGAGGACUUGGCCCGAGACCGGAUCGCCAACCAGGACUACAGGGCCGCGUACGCCGCGAUGACCAGGAUGAUGAUCACCACACCGUCGCUGUACAGCGAGCUGACUGACAUGCAGAACAUCUACAACGUGGUGUGGAACAGGAACCCGAUACCGUUCGAGGGCGGCAACUGGGACCGGUACGUGCAGGGCCCGGUGGCGCGGGCCGCGCUCCACGUGGGCCGACGCCAGUGGUCGUCGGUGGACACAGUUUACGAGCGGAUGAAGUACGACAUACCGAUGUCCGUGGCCUCGUGGCUCGCAGAGCUUCUGGACGACGGCCGGUACCGCGUGCUCCUCUAUUCCGGACAGUUGGACGCAAUCGUGCCGUACCGGGGCACGGUGAACGUGGCCAGGGCUCUCCGGUGGACAGGCGCCGAGCGGUUCGGGAACGCGACGCGUACCACCUGGUAUCUCGUCGCCAUGGUGGCUGGUUACGCGACCACGUACGGUCCGCUUACCGAGCUGCUGGUCAGGAACGCUGGUCACAUGGUGCCGUACGACCAACCGGCUUGGGCCCACGACAUGAUCAACCGGUUCACGUCAGGCAAGCCAUUUGACUGAAACGCCGCUUGGCCGCGACGCAUCGUCGCCCCAUAAUAUUAAGCGAAAUAUAAUAUAGGUGCAGUAUCGAAGUUGCCUACCUCCAAACCGUCAUAUUAACCGCAAGUCCGUUUUCCCAUAGGUCUUUGCCAAUAUUUUUGAAACUCUAUUUCUACUGUCCGUAAAUUAAUUUGCGGUGUGCUACAGUAAAAGUAUAUUGAGGUCGUAGUUGCAAAAUGUACACGUUGGAGUCAAACCGACGUCCGCACUAGUUCGCGAUUACAUUUUAAUAUAUUAUACACUCGAACUUCUUGAACCCGAAAUCGUCGAACUUUUGCCCCGAUCCCUAGAAUUUCCUUUAAUUGUAUUAUCCUUGGACAACGCGAAUUAUUGAUUAACUCGAACUUUUUGGCCGGUCCGUUCAACUUCGAGUUAACUAGGUUUGACUGUAGUUUAAAGACUUUAAACUAUGAUUUGAACUGUUUUAAGGCAUUGUCGGUGAAUGUUUCGGACUUCGUCAAAAAGUAUGCAGGACUUAUGGGUGUGGGGCAACUUCAUUCACUGUUUCCCGAAUAUAAUACAAUAAGAUAUAAAUCUUUAUAAGUAUAAAUAUAAUAUAAUAUAAUAUGUAAGUCACAUCACAUUCAUGAAAAUUUGAAAUGACAUCAUAAUGAUGUAGUUUUAUUAUAUACCUACUCGCAGUCGAUUGCAUGUUAAUAUCAUUAAACAAAAUAUAAACAGUUUUAUCAAAAGAUAGACAAAAAAAUUUGUUAUAUAUUAGGUAUUAUAUUUUAUAUAUAUUGAACUAACAUUUUUUCAUUCUGUAUAGUGUAUACAUUUAUGUAUUACUAUUUCCAUUUAUUGUAUAUUAUAUUAUUUUAUUUUAUUUUAUUUUAUUUUAUAAUACGACACGGGCUUUCGCCCAAUUUACAAUAAUACAAUUUAGUACAAUAAAAAGAUUAUAUAUAGAAAAUUAAAAAUUAUUUAGCGAGAAGGAAGGGUUUUAGAUUAUCUAUUUACAUGCAGCGACGUAGUGGUUCAUUUUUAUAUUAUAGCAUAAUGAAGUGUGUGAGUUAUAUAUUUAUUUAUCACGCAUUUAUGCUCCAAGAUAUUUAUAGUGCGUUUCAUUAUUAUAAUAUGACACUUCAAUAUUUUUAUUUUACAUUUUAAAGUGGAAUAUCAAACAUGAAUUUAUGUAUAUUAUAAUAAAGUAGUUAUAUGGUUUCUUAAAUUUUUCCCACGGUAAAAAAAAACUUGCUUACCAAAAAAUAAUCUAAGUUAUGUUUGAUCAUCUAUAAAUGGGAUUAAAAUAUGUUUAACUAUUCUUCCUUUAAUCCUGCAGGCUGCAACAUUUAAAAAAAAUCUUUUAUGCGAGAAAUCAGUUUAAAAAAAAUAUAAAAAAUAUUUUUUUUUUUGAUAUAUUUUAUGCUAAAAUUAAUAAUCUACUUCAAUAAAUGUAUUAAACGUUGUUUAGUACCUAUGUAAUCUCAUUAUAAUAUGUAAAUCCAUUAUAUUAUGUGCAUAUUUAAAUUUUUUAAAAGGAUGACUAUAUUUCACGAGAAGUCAAUGCGAUACAAUACGAUAUAAUAAGCUCUAAUUUAUAUUGUGUAACAUUUAAAAAAAAAAAUGUUUUUGAUCAACGAUUUUUUUGUACUUUUUUAACAGAACCUUGUAUCCAUCAGUAUUUUUUCCAGCUAAUGUGUUUAAUAAUAAUUAUAGUUUUUAUGUUUAAAUGUAUAAUGUAUAUGUAAUAAUAUAUAGGUACCUACAUAGUAACAUGCCUUUAUUUAAGACUAGCUUUAAAUAUUUAAAGACUAAUAUUACCUAUAUGGAGACAACCGGCUAAUAUUUUAAUAUAUUAAUUAAUACAUUUUAUUUAUAAGGAAAAUUGUUAAUAAGUUUUUUUCCGAAUUAAUAAUUAUACAUUUUUCAAAGUUUAUAUGCUUUUAAUGUAAAUACAUUUUUUGGUUGGUCAAGCAACUUGAACAAUUGAAUACAGGUUUCUUAUAAGUUUUUGUCAUAGCUAGCUAUUACAAAAUAUUAUAGAUGCAUAAGCAUGACUUUUUUUUGUAAAUAGGUAUGUAAGUUUAAAUAUUUUGAAAAAAUUCGUUGAAGUCAUGAACAUUUUCAAAUUAUUUGCAAAUUGUAAUAAGUAUUUUAUAUUCAGAUUUUUUAGCUAAGUCUAGCUUAAUACUAAGUUCCUUAUAAGUGGUUAAUACUAUAAAUAUUUUAUUAAUAUAUAUAAUGUAUAGAUAAAAUUCAUUUGUAUAGACAUCUUAAGUUCAAAUUUGGAUGAAAUAUUGUAUUCAAAAUUUAAACAAAGAAUAAUAAUUUUAGUUAUUUUUUUGUAAUUAAAAAUUAUUAUUCGCGGAUAUUUGAAUUUUUAUGAAUUUUAUCUAUUAUAUUUUAUAUACAAAAUGCCUGUUUCAAAACAUUUAUAAUAAUUUAAUGGUACUGUCUAUUUUAUACCAUUCUACGGCACCUAAGUCGGUUAUUGAUUCAAAAGUUGAUAAAAAUUAACAAUAUUUCUAUUAUUAUAAUAGGCACAUGCAAAUAUAUAUAUUAUUAUAUUAAUAAUUUAAUAAAUGCAAUAUAUUCGGAAUUUAAAUGAAAUUUAAUUAAACCAACUUAUCGUAAUAGUUAAUAGUAAAAUAAAUUACUUUAAUAGCAUUAAAAAAAUAUCAUAUUAAUAAUACAUUGUUAGUAUAAUAUCGACUGACAGACUGUUUCCUUCAGAGUCGUUUUUUGUGAAAACAGAUUUAUCAUUGAAUUCAAAUUUAUUAGGCACAUGGCACGAGAUACAC